UCAGCCGUCCGAUCAAAUAACCCCCGCUCUCUCUCCCACUUUCUCUCUCUAGCUCAGGCUGAGAGAGUCAGCAAAAUCUCAGUGACAGUGUGAGAGUUAGCAGAUUUGUCUCUGUCCUCUCUCUCUCCCCCCUCUGAAUCCUCACCUCCUCCGCCUCCGGUGGAACGAAAGCGCACCGUUUCCCACGCACACGGAUUCCACGAACAGCCGGAUUGAACGGACCGCAACAGCGGCGGCGCUCGCGGCUUUUUUCUGGCGUUUCCAGAAAGUUCGUCGCGAAAUUUAUUAGCGCAUUUGGAAUUCUUUUGUGUAUUUUGCGCUCUGGUUGGUUGCCGAGAAAGUGGAGAAAAUAAAAGGCUUAUUUUGUGCUCCGUUUGGUUGCCGAGAAAGUGGAAGGAAAACAAAAGACGAUGAAUUGUUUUAGCUUGGAAUGUCGCUGCUUAUGGUUAGAAACUUGCGAAAAAUUUAAGGUUGGAUUAGAGAGAGAGAGAGCAAAUUUUCGCAAUGGUUUCCUUGGUAAUAUUUGAAAGUGAAGCUCAAAAGCUACAAUGCAAUCGGAUGUAUGUCUAAGUAGUCACUUUGUAGAAAUAGAAUCUGCUGUUGGAUAUGGGAUUCAGUUUAGAGCAACGAAAUAGUUCAAAAGAGCAGAACAGGUCCAGCAUAGAGGACAAUGUUGUACAGCCCCAAACAAGUCGUAGAACAAGGCAUAUAGAGAAGGCGAAAGUGAGAACUGGUGCUGGUUUGAAGCAGAAUGAUCUGCAUCAGAAUGCAAGACAAGAUGCAGGUGAUGGUGCUUCAGGCCAAGAAAAAUUUUCGGGAAAUCGAUCUAGAGAGAGUAUGAAGGGGAAUAAUGCAGGUAAAGUUGAUGAGCUUGUCAAGCACAUGUCAAACUUGCCUGGUUAUCUUCAGCGCCCUGAGAGAGGAGAAAAGAUCCAAGAAAAGGUUUUGAAUGUUGGAGUUCUGGAUUGGGGUCGACUAGAGAAAUGGAAGCACAAACAGAAGCCUUUUCCCGAAAAAGGUAGCGGUAGUUCAUCCUCAGAAAGGACUACUGGAAAGUCUACAUCAUCUGUUGUAGUUCACAAUGGGACAAAUGCUGAAGAACUCUCUUCAGGUUGUUCUAGUCUCAAGUCGUCUCAAAAGGAUGGCCUUUCGCAGGGUGUCAAACCAUCUGUGCAUAAAGAUGUGCGCUUCCAAGACUCUAAAACUGCUUCGAAGAAUGCCAUUUAUGGGCAGAAAAAGAUAUCCAUUCCCUAUCGGUCCCUUGGAAGACAUCACUCAGAUAUGAUGCUCGAUAAGGGGAAGGCAAAAGAUUCAGAUCAGAAGUUCACAUCAGAAACGGGCAAUAUGGCAGCAAACUUGAAAAGCUAUGGAGUCUCUCUCAAUCAAAAGCACGAGAUGAGCACUAGGCAUGGUCGAGCUAAAAAAACCAAGGACCUGCAAGAAUCGGAUAUCAAGAGGAAGGAUAUUGAUCAAGGAAUCAUUACGGAAAAGGGAGUUCCUUCAUCUAAGCUCGAAGGUUUUGAUGUCUCACUCAGUUCAGAGGGAAAGACAAUUGCUUGUCAUGGUAAAACUGAGAAAAGGGUGGAGGAGCUGCACAAAUCAGUUACCAAUCUAGCUCAUCAACACUGCCCUUCUGCAGAGAAUCCCGUUGUUGUCUCACCACCAAAGGAACUACCCCAAAAUGACUUUCCAGAGGUACUCCAGCUUUCAAAACCAAGAGCAUCAUGGGAUGAGUGUAUGGCAGAAGCUGAUAAAAUUAGCUUCUCGGGCAACUUUUCGACCAAAGAGAUGGACUUUGCCGAAUUCUCUUCUGAAGUUUCACACUCAUGCCCACUGUCUUCUGCAGUUGAGACUAAUACAGCAUCAAACAUGUUGCUAAAUAGCACAAUCAACGGUAACAGUGUGGGGCUUUCCUUUGUUCCAUCUCACAUGCGUCGAUGCUCAACACAAGACCUCCUCUAUGAUGAUAAAUUUGUACAUAAGAAAAAUUCAGAGAAAAUGCUUACCCGUUCAAGCUUUGAUACUUCGAGUACAUUGGAUCAAGAAGAUGUUGAACUGGCAACUAGAAAAGGCAGAAGCCCAACUCCCAUUCGCCGGUUUAACUUCAGCUUAGGCCGGCUUGGUAGAAGUCUCAGUUUUAAGGAAAUUUCAGAUAUUCCACAGUUGAGUUCCACAUAUACGACGGUCAAAUCAGGUCCUGUGAGAUCUGGAACUUCUGAUUUUCCAGAUAAUCCAAACAGAGAGAAAGCAAGUACUCAUAACCGAGCUAGGUCAAGCCCGUUAAGAAGGCUACUAGACCCAAUAUUAAAGCACAAGGAGGCAAAUCUACACCAUUCUGCUGAAGCUGUUAGACCCCCGAAAUCAAAUUUUAAUUCCUUGGUCCCCAAGCCAAUUAAUAUCAGCGAGUCAUUAGAGAAUCUGAAGGCUGAGGCAUCAUGGGUUAAAGCUUUUUUGCAAAUAACAAUCAAGAAUGGACUUCCUUUGUUUAAGUUUUGGGUUGACAACAACAGCAACUGUUUUGCGGCAACCAUGAAGAAUUUAUCAUCCGGGAAGGAUGAUUUCUGCCAGUAUUUUACAUUUUACUGUAUUAAUGAAGUUAAGAGAAAAAGUGGUGGCUGGAUGAGUCAAGGAAGUAAAGGCAAAAGUUGUCACUAUGCUUACAACAUUGUUGCUCAAAUGAAAGUUUCUAGCUCUGACUUAUCUGAUGUUAACGGGCAGGACUUGAGCAAGUAUAUGGUAAGAGAGGCUGUUUUGUUAGAUGUUGAUCUAACACAAGCAGAUCAAGAAUCACCUAGCGUUGUACCACAUAGGGAGCUUGCUGCUGCUGUGGUCAAGUUACCUAGGAAAGACUUGAGCCAUCCUGAACAACAGAGUGAUGAGGAAGUUAUGGAGAAGGGCUGCGCGAAAGGUUCAUCCGAGGAUUACAGCUGGGAAGAUAGUACUAUAGUCAUACUUCCAGGUGGAGUCCAUAGCUCACCGAACACAGGAGAACCUUCACCAUUACUUGACCGUUGGAAAUCUGGUGGGUUAUGUGAUUGUGGAGGCUGGGAUGUUGGUUGUAAGCUGCGUGUUCUCUCCAACCAGAACAAAUGCUGUCGGAUUCCAAAAACAUCCUCCGCAUGUUACCCUUUUCCAGAGACUUUUGAACUAUUUGCGGAGGAGGGAGCUCAGCAGAACAGGCCAAUCUUCAGUUUGGCACCAGGGAAGGAUGGAAGCUACUCGAUUGAAUUCAACACGUCACUUUCUUUAUUACAAGCGUUCUUCAUCUGUGUUGUCGUAAUCAGCAGUUGCAGACCAUCAGAUCUUUCAGAAGUUAGUAACGUGUUGGAGGCGAAAGAAUUCCAGGAACCGAAUCUGAAUCGAAGUAAUGGAAUCCAGGUGACAGGUCCGGCAAAGUAUGCUCCAAAUCCACCCCUGUCACCUGUUGGGAGGGUCUAGCUUUGUCCGAGGAAAUCCUUUUUGCUGUUCGAGUCCAACAAUCGAUGGUUUCAAACACAGCGGGAAACAUCUCGUAGCCAACAAACCAUUGUCGUGUGAAUCCAUGGAUGCUCAAAUUUUUUAGGGUAACUUGCAUGUUAUUACAGAAAACAUGUAUGAGUUCGGCCGUUGCUCGUUUUGUGCUGCUUUUUUACUGCAUUACCAUGUGUAAAGGGAAAAAACUCAAAAACCAAACUUCAACAUCUUCAAAGAAUGAUGGUGUAAAUAUGCCUAUGCUAGGGCAUUUCAGAUAUGAUAGUACCAAUUCUCCAUGCUUA